AAGAGCGCACCGGCGUAGUGGUGCACCAGCAGUGGAGAUGAUGCACGCCGGCGGAAGGCUCAACUGCAACUCUGCGAACACCGACGUCUUCCACAAGUAAACUGCUGAAACCAGAACAAGACAACCGAUGCAAAUACUCUUGCUUUUUCUGCUUGAUUUUUUUCUUUUUUGUCGGAAUUGUGGAUUAAGUUUCCACGUCAUUUCGAGCGACGCGGUGGGGAAACAUGAGGAUAACUGUCGGCUCCCGUGGAUGAUUGGAUGAUGAUGCCCCACAAUGAACACAGAUUUUCAAAAUACACUGCAAGUCCCUCGACCAAAGGUCCGCAGUCACCUGACCAUCAAAGUGCAUUCCAAGCUGAUGUCCAGGCCGUGUCCUCCUGUCUGUGCUCCAAAACCUGCUGUCGGCACCAAGCCCAGACGCCUGAAUGAGCCCCAUGCACAGGGGGAGUCUUGCACCCCACAAAGCCUAAGUAAUGGAGACCUGGCUCACUACGAUGGGAAGGCAGAAGAUCUUCAUGAAACGGCUGCAAACAACCAAGACACAGAGGAGAAAAGCGAGGAUGGGGUUAAUGACGUUGACAUCAGACACAAUGAUAAAGAUUACAUAGCAGAAGGAGAAAUUGAGGGGAAAACAGAAACAUGUGUAGAUAUAUUAGAUUAUGAUGCCAACAGCAAUGACUCUGAGGACAAUGUAAAAGCUGAUGAUGGUUCUAAUGGUAAUAUUCCUGAGGAGGAAAACACUGAAAAAAACUUCAGCCAGCCUGAAGUGGGUAAUCACACUGAUGAUGAGAAAACAUCAAUUUCUUCCCUCAAUCCUGGAGAGAUGGAGGAUAAAACGGGAGAGGAGGAGGAAGAAGAGGAACCAAAUUGUUUAUCAAAAAGGCAAGAUUGUGACUCUUUGGGACCCAAACAUGUAGAGGAAAAGAACCUUGAUCAACAGUCCCUCAGUCAGGUUGAUAAGGACAAUGAUGCUGGACACAAUGAAACAGACAGUGAACAAUGUGGUGACAUUGUGCACUGUUUACACACAGAUGGGACUGAGUUGGAAGCUGGAGGAUUUGCAUUUGGAUUCAGUGUGCUUCCAACUGUGACUGAGGAGUAUCCCUACGAUGUGAUUGGCCCCACAGAUGAUGCUAGUGAUAUUUAUGAGUCUUGUGACCCAGCUGAAACAGAGGUAUGGCAACCAGAACGGGCCACCAAGGACCUCUCUGGCUGUUUCCGCUUUACGUCCAGCACUGAGGAUGUUUUUGGGCCUUAUUCAGUUAUCGAAUCUCUUCCACCAGAUGUUACAGGCACAGCCGACCCAGAGUGGGGUCAGGAGGAAACAGAUGAAAAGCCCUCAGAUGAACUGCAAACGGCAGGUGCUUCUAACCAGGAACCUUUCUAUGUGUCAUCAGGUGACGUGGACAAGCUAGAUGAUGAGCAGGUCCUCUUAGAACAGGGUGAGAUUGAGGAGGCGACAGAGCAGUUGAACCUGCAAAAAGACAAAGCGAAGGACAGCGAGUCAACAGACGAGUAUGCAGAUAUUGACGAUUCCCUCUGCCUUCAAGCAGAAGACAAGCAUCUGGAGUGUGUCUCAUCGGAAGAUUACGUUGAGAUAGGUGAUGAUGACGAAGAUGAAGAAACGGAAAAGAAGCAUAUUAAAGGAAAAACUGUAAGAGAGAGAACGGCUAAACGAGAGCAGGCCUUCCUCAGCCAGCGAACAAGCUGCCAGCCUCGCCUCAGGUUGUGCAACAUCACAGUGCCAUCAGACCUCGACGUGGGCCGUACCCCGGAGCUCACCAACCGGGUGGUGUUUGCCCACACAACGGAAGCCUUUGAAGAAGACAUUGAGGAACUGGACUGCCAUAUUGUGCCUUACAAUGAGGACACAGACUCAGACAGCGAGGAGCAUAUAUAUGAGGAGGCAGGGUUUGACUCCGAAGGGGAGAACUUUGUGACAAUUGAUCGGAAGACUAUUGUCACACGAUCACGGUCUUAUUCUGGGAAGGUUCAAGGUUAUGUUCCAGAAACUGUACCCGAGGAGACCGGGACGGAGUACCAGACUCAUGACUACUGCACAGUGGCCUUAGAUAAAACCAACGAACCUCUUAGCCAAUCACAGAAGCCUGGGGUCAAGUGUUUGAUCCCGUCAAUGAAGUCUCAACGUUUGUUGUUUUAUUCCCAAUCGGCAGAGGGUCCAGCAUUGACGUUGACCAGUCCCACAGAGAUCAACCACUCUCUGAAGGAUGACAUUAGGAUGAAGAGGAAAGAUGAUACCCUUUCUCUCCCAUGUGUCAUAACUUCUUCUGGAAGCUUCUCCCAGCGUAGCCAUCAAUCAUCCAGUGGCAUUUCCACACCAACGUCUCUAGUGGACAUCCCACCACCCUUUGAGCUGGCAUACAUAACUAAAAGACCUGUCACGAAGAGUUCCCCAUCACUCUUGAUCCAGCAUGAACCCAACGACAUUUCUACAAAGAAGAAGUCCUCCUUCAAGCGCUUCCUGGCACUCAAGUUCAAGAGGAAGUCAGAUUCGAAGGGUUUCAGCGAUGGAAGUGUCCGCUCUUCUCGCUCUUCCUCCGAGUCCAGCCACCACGGCCCCAUGAGGGUCAUAGAGCUUGAUCGUAGAAGCACCGGCAGCUCUCCUCAGCUUCAGAACCGCAUUCUGAAUCCUCAGCAGCAUCCUUUAGAACUGCCAUCCCCCUUUGUUCUAUACAAAGACCACCAGAGGAGGAAAGGUGACCUCAAGGCUUAUGGCAGGAGCGUCUCCAGAGUUGAGUCCUUCGAGGAGCGUUCUCGGCGCUCCGCAAUGCCGCUGCCUUUGACCAAACCACGCUCCAUCUCCUUCCCUAGUGCCGACACCUCAGACUAUGAAAACAUCCCGGCCAUGAGCUCAGAUUAUGAAAACAUCCAGAUCCCAACUAGACCCACCAGAUCCCACACUGUCACCGAAUUCUUUGAGGACCCAAAUCGCAGUACUGUCGCCUGCAAUGAGAAUGACGGCUAUGUAGAUAUGAACAGUUUCCCUGGGAUUGACAGCAUAACCCAGGCAUCAAAAGACGACACUGAAAGUGCCUACACAGAGCCUUUCCCGUUGAACCCCGUCUCUGCCGGGCUGUCAGCGGACGAGGACCACGGGCGGACGUCGGAGGAGGAGGAAGGGCAGUCCGAGCAGAGCUAUGACAGACAGGUCGAUGGCCGGUCCCGAGCGUUCUAUGUCGCCAAAGAGCUCGUCGACUCAGAAGGACUCCACGUCAGCGCCCUCAAGUACCUUCACCAGGACUUCAGGGCUGCAGUGGCCGAGGCGGCGGUGGGUGAGGAAGGGGAGCCCGCGCUGGACGAGCAGAGGUUAGGAGAGAUAUUGGGGGUGCUCCCCCAGGUCUACACGCUCCACAGCAGCAUCCUUGCUCAGCUGGAGGAACGCAUCAGUCAGUGGGAGGAGAGCCAAAGGGUAGUCGACGUGAUCCUGUCACAUCGGGAGGACUUUGGGGUGUUUGACACCUUCAUCUCGGAGUACGACCGAAGCAUGUCCUUACUGGAGGAGAGCUGCAGGGAGAACUUAGCAUUCGCCAACAUCGUCAAGACAUUUGAGAAAAGAAGCCCAGAGAAAGCUGAAGUCCCGCUGAAACACCAGCUGCUGCAGGUUAUUGUCAGAGUGCUCCAGUAUCGAAUGCUACUCACAGAUUACCUGAACAACCUCUCUCCUGAUUCAAAAGAAUACGAGGACACGCAAGCUGCCUUGGUGAUCGUGUCCGAGGUGGCGGACCAGGCCAACGACAAUCUGAAGCAGGGGGAGAACCUGCUGCGUCUGGUCCACAUAGAGUACAGCGUGAAGGGCAAGAGGGACCUCCUGAAGCCCGGGAGGAUUUUUGUGAAAGAAGGCACACUCAUGAAGGUCUCAAGGAAAAGCAGGCAGCCACGACACCUGUUUCUGAUGAACGAUAUAAUGCUGUACACCUACCCUCAGCAGGAUGGGAAAUACAGGCUCAAGAACACGUUAUCUCUGUCUGGGAUGAAGGUGAGCAAACCGGUCCUCGACAACGUGCUCAACUGUCUCAAGAUCGAGGUGUCAGACAUCACGAUAACACUCUCAGCAAGCUCAGUGGUAGAGAGGGAGGACUGGUUCCACACGCUGAGUCGAGCCAUCGCGGACCAUGCUGCAGGCCUCUGUACGUUUGGUGGACCCUGCAGUGAGGCCCGUGAGAAGUUGUGGAUGGCCCUGGGUGAGGCUGCUCCUGUUCUGGUCCCGGUUUCUCACGUGAUGAUGUGCAUGAACUGCACCUCUGACUUCAGCCUCACGCUGAGACGACACCACUGCAACGCCUGCGGCAAGGUGGUGUGUCGGGCUUGUUCCAGGAACAGGUACCCACUGAAGUACCUCAAAGACAGGGUGGCCAAAGUGUGUGACCACUGCUAUGCCGAACUCAGGAAAAGAGGUGGCAGCGUGUCAGGGGCGUGGGGUAGCUCCAGCCCUCGCACCCACCGGGCAAGCCGUCCGCUCUCAGCUGUCUUCCAGAGCCUGCAGCCACCCAGCUUGUGGAAGAGCAGGAAGAGCUCCUCCGCCCUCAACCAGGUGUCGCUUACUGUGGAGGGAGCCACAAUGAGCGGCAGCCUGCAGCGCCGGAAGAAGAGCAAGAGGAAGUGGAAGCGUCUGUGGUUCCUCCUCAAAGACAAGGUGCUCUACACCUUCACAGCCCGUGAGGACAAAGUUGCUACGGAGAGCCUUCCUUUGCAGUCGUUCACUGUCAAACUAACAGAGAGGCCGGAGGGAGAGGAAAGCAACACGUUCCAGCUCUACCACAAGAAAACUCUGUAUUACACCUUCAGGGCCGACGAUCCCCAAACUGCACGCAGAUGGGUCAAUGCCAUGGAGGAGGCCACGGUUUUGUAGCACCCACUGUGGGGAAAGGAUCACGCCCCCUGCUGUCUGUGAGUGCUAGAACUCCUCUGUGGAGCACAACAUGGCUACCUGCUGCUACUGAACUCAGACCGCCACUAGGAAUUCACCCCAACGGGAUGUCGGUAAAGGAAGGAAGCGAAAGAAGGGAAAGUGAAGAGCCUCUCGUUGGAGAACGGUCUAACAUUUGAAACCUCCAGGGGUCGCAUUGCUCCAGCCGAGGUUCACGGAGGCCUUCAUCAAGUGCUUCUUCAAAAAGAAUUUCACCAAGUCAACUCCAACAACUUUGCUUUAUUCUGGCGUCUUGUACCUGAGGUUCCACUCGACUGCUGAACCACUCUUUGUUUCUGCAGGAGAACAUCGUCACCUCGGUUUUUACAUGUGAAACAGCGUUUGUUAGUGUGGUGGGUAUAACAUCACAAACAAACGUUGCUUUGUAGUAGUAUUGGCAGCCAGUAAAACAAGAGAAUAUUGGUCACCAUUUCAGAUGGUCGAUCUUCUGAAUAUAUAUUGCGAAGCAUACACUGCAGAUAUUUGUUUAGAAAUGCUGUUACAUGAUGUUCUGAGCGAGAGGUCAUUUUAAUCAUCCCAGUGUACAUUAUAUUGGUUGUGAGGUUUUACACAGUGUUACUAUUAUAUUGAAUCUACAAUAUUUGGCAUGACUCGAUAGUAUUUCUAAGGAUAAACUCUUUCAAAGAUGCUUUUUUAUGUAAUUGAAGCUGUAGGGUUUGAAAAAAAAGUGCAUACAGUGCUUAAGUGCCGAUUGAUUUCUUCCAGUUGAAUGCAGUGCAAUUUGUAAAUUGAUGAUGUGCCUGAAACGAAACUGUCCCCCUUUUUUUCAUCUUUAUAUUAUCAAAGUACUGUACUACUGUCAUGUCGCCGGAAGAGACCUUGAUAACAAUAGCUUUUUAUCUACUUGCUUAUACUAUAACCUCUAGUAUUUUUAACAGUUUGGUUACAGUCGAGUUACAAGAGAAAAUACUUUUGUGCCAUUUCGAUGACUGCUCUUUUCAUGCUGUACAUACACUGCUGGAUAAAAUCACACCUGCACUCAAAGGGAAACACAUGGUCAUGAUGUCAUCUUGUUUGGAGUUUCACUUUUCUUUACUGCUUGAAUAAUUACGACCUGCAUAGGAUCUCUUGAAUAACCUGCCGAGAGGCUUUAUCUACUACAUUUGGACCCUGGCUGUAGGUGGUCUUUCAAACCGUCAAACUACAUUGUAUCUAAUGCACAUUUGUGUUGAUCAAGUACUAUUUGGCUUUUCUACCUGUUUCUUAGUGUUUGAAUGGACUGUACCUCUUGCAUAUAGUGCACUGUAAAUGUUUGUGUAUAUAGAUACAAAUAAACUCCUUUAAAAAGUGUA